CGGCCACGGCGGCUCCCGAGUUUGUUUACUUGUGCUUCGCCUCUCGUCGCCGGUGUCUGCUCUCUGCCGGCAUAGCGGAUCGGUGGCGGUGCCGUGCCGGGGGUUUAUGGAGCAUUUUUUACUCUGAAAACAUUGCUGCUAAAAAACUCCAAACAGAAGGAGUAAAUCCACUCAGCUUGUCAGGUCACUGGCUCAGCGUAACGGUGCUUUCAUGAGGUGACGUUGGGCCAAAGUCAACUUUUCUUUCUCCUUUGUAAACCUGCAGCCAAGCAAUGGGCCAGAAAAUCUCAGGGAGCAUAAAGUCUGUGGAUGUGAGGGAGCCCCCUUAUAGACCCGUGAAACGAGAGCUGAGAGGCCCGGAUUUCUGCAAGCCCGCGCGCCUGGACAUGCUGUUGGAUAUGCCCCCUGCCAAGCUGGAGGUCCAGUACAAACACGCCUGGAAUAACGAAGAUCGCUCGUUAAAUAUCUUUGUAAAGGAGGACGACAAACUGACUUUCCACAGACACCCUGUGGCACAGAGCACGGAUUGCAUCCGGGGCAAGGUGGGCUACACGCGGGGCCUGCACGUGUGGCAGAUCCACUGGCCCACGAGGCAGCGCGGGACUCACGCCGUGGUGGGCGUCUCCACGGCCGAGGCACCGCUGCACUCGGUGGGGUACACGUCCUUGGUUGGUAGCAACAAUGAAUCCUGGGGCUGGGAUCUGGGGCGCAACAAACUCUACCACAACUGUAAAAACCAGCCCGGGGUCACGUACCCCGUCUUUUUGGAACCAGAUGAGUCUUUUGUACUCCCAGACUCCUUACUGGUGGUUUUGGAUAUGGAUGAAGGGACGCUUAGCUUCAUGGUCGAUGGACAGUAUCUUGGAGUGGCCUUCAGAGGACUAAAAGGGAAAAAACUUUACCCCAUAGUCAGUGCAGUUUGGGGGCACUGUGAAAUUACAAUGAGAUACAUCAAUGGACUUGACCCGGAACCCCUGCCUUUAAUGGACUUGUGCCGAAGAUCAAUUCGUUUUGCUCUUGGCAGAGACCGCCUGCAUGACAUAGAAAUUCUACCUUUGCCUCUGUCUCUGAAAAAUUAUUUACAGUACCAAUAAGAAAUCUAGAACCCUCUGGCCUCACAUUGGACUUCAUCAAUGCAAAUGGCAGAAAAUUGUUUACAGCAAAAUAUAAAUCUUUGUGAUGGACACUGAAGUGUUAUUUAAUUUUUAAUAUAUGUAUUUUUUUCUGAACCAGUGAAAGCAGAUCACUGUGGGGGACUACUAAAGAAUGUGAAAACAUUGAUUUGAUUGAGGUUCAUGUGUUACCUGUUGCCUUUUGUGUUUACAGUCCUGAAGGCUAUAAUUCUCAUCUCUCAUACACUGAUUGGUUUUUCUUUGUUGCUUCUGGUAAAUGCCAAUAGAAAAUCUGACCUGCAAGAUUCAGUGUCCUGCAGGCAGACCAUUUUUCAAUAUUAUGAUUUUCAUUUUUUGUUCUCUCUCCUACACUUUACUCCAGUAAAAAAAAAAAAAUUAGCAAAGGAAAAGUCUUGACAGUAACUCUUGAAAAAAAAUUUUAACCUUGGUAUGCAGAGUUGUUGAGAGUUCUGCGUGUUCAGUGCUCAACCUAAUUAGGCCUAUAAUAUCUAAAAGCUCUAAUGUUUAAAAAAAGCAGAUUAUUGUCUAAAAGAAGAGAAUGUGGUUUUAAAACAUGAGAGGAAACAAAUGGUUUAUGUGUCAGAUCAGUUUCUGGACUUGGUAACAGUAAGGUGCAGUUCAUUGUUUUCAAGACCAAAUCUAGUCCCUCCAAAGUUCUGCAAUUUAUAACAAAUUGUUCAUUGUCCCAAGAAUUUAGGAUAUUCAUAUUUUAGGAAGCUUGUCACUUUUUUUUUAAACAAAUUUAUAAUUUUUAUGUGGUAUGAACUCUAAGUACUUUGUUUUCUUUUUAAUGUAUGUGUGGUUAUAAUGUUUAUUUAUCUGUUUAGCGUCUGGAGUUCUCAUUUAAUUGUUUCCCAUCUUGGGGUGACUGAUUCUGGUUUUUUCCCCAGCUCCAUCUCAAAUGUAUCAGUUUUUCAGGCUCAUCCCUUUUUUUUUUAAGAUGCUGCUUUCUGUUUGUGUUUCUUACAUGUUUCAAGUUAUCUGCCUGAAUCAGUAAUCUAGUUUUUAAACUGGAAGUUGUUGUUAGGGCAGAAUGUCAAAUGUUUAGACUGAGCUGCCUUCAGCAUAUUUUAAUGUGAAUUUACUGAUGAAUGAGGAGAAAAUUUCUA